UACAAUACAAUAACUAGACGUUGUCGUAAUUUUUCAGUUCGGUGCAGAAUAUUUUCAAUAGAAUUAAAUUUAUUAAAAGCAAUUGGAAAUAUGCAAAAAUACUAAAAACUGCAGCAGAAACCAGUGAAGUAACGAUUUCGAUAAAAAAUUGUGGAGUUUCGUGGAAAUUUCUUGUGAAAAUCGAAUGAAAAAAUUCUUUUGUGUGACCUAUACGAACGGGACUCCGUCGGACGGCCUCGCAAUCGCAUACACAAGCAGCAGUUGAAGCACUCGCAUUACAUGCUGUGGAAGGAGUGUAUGGGGUAAUAAGUUAAAAAGAAAGAAAAAAAUGUGUCAUUGAACGUCUGUGAGUAGCAGGAAUACGAACUCUCGUGAGAAGGAGCUGAAGUAAAAAUCAAGGAUCAACACCACUAACUAAUACCAACGGAGUUAUAAGACCCGUACCAGCACCAGCACAGUAGUAACAACACAAAAGAACGCAAACAUUUUCGACAUAAUUAACAUUAUUAUCGAUAAUCACCCUCGCCAGCCCUAUAUUCAAUCAUUGGAAAUCUUUGUUCAUCCAGGUUGAGAGUAUUUUUUUUCUGUACCAAACAUAAUACAAAAUUCCAUUCCAUAUCUUGCUACUAUAUCAUCUGUGCGUGAGUGAAGAACAGUGAAAUAAAAUUCAAUUAUCUUUAUUUGCUUUUUUACGUUCCAAAACGAAAUACAUGUAAAUACGUUUUACGUCCGUUCCAUAAAAACUGUCGCCAUCGUCGUUGGACUAUACACGGUGUGCUUAUUCGUAGGCAAUUGUGUAGGGGAACAUUGACGUGCUUAACAAUGUGAACACCCCUUGUAGCCGAGUAAUUUAGUGAAAUAAGAAACAAAAAAGUAAACGAUAAUAUUGUGUUGUACUCUGUGUUUGUGUGCUGUGUGUACCGUAGAAUAAAAUUAUUAAAAGCGAAUAAUGCACUUGCUAUAAAAAAAGAAGAUACAGAUACAAAGCGAAAGCGAUUAAAAAGGGCAAAUAACUGAGUGUGGAAGGCAUUGAAAACGAUCGCUAUCACCAGCGUUGGCAGUAGAGGCCAAAGCAACAAUAGUAACCUGACCAGCGCCAGCACCCAUGUUCACAACAUUGGUCAUAGUUAAGAAUUGUAAAACCUCGCUUAAAUUACUGAUGUUUUAACGAAGAUGGACUUGCACAGAAGUGUAUCGAUUUUAUGAUUUCAAGCUUUAUCGUCUUGAAAGAACUACUGCAGUAGCAUUGUCAUAUUACAUCUAAUACAUACCUAGACCACACAGCAUAGAAUUAAAAUUAUACAAAAUGGGGGAAAACGUACAGUGUCCAGUAUGCACACUAUUCCUGCAUGCUGGUAUGAACCUUUCGGAUCAUUUGGAAACCCAUCCGAAAGAGCAAGUGAUUAAGGCACUCGUGCAAAUGACUAUUUCGGGUAGUGGUGGCACUGCUGCAAGCACCGCUCUGGCGGCAUCCUUAAGUGGAGGUGGAGGUGGCGAAACUAAGUCAGAUCCGGACGAAAAACCAAAUCUAUCACCAGUUUCUGCUAAUUCAGAUACAAUUAGCAGUUCGGCUACGAACAAUUCAGUAUCUGCUGAAUCAGUCCAAAAGAAUAGUCUGAACUUUACAGCCGCGUUCAGUGCAAUACCAGCAAUAACUAAACCUUCGACUUCAGUGGUGGCGGCCGCUGCAACAACGACAGCGACGGUAAAGCCACCAGUUGAUGGUGUUGCAAAGUCAAAGGACACAAGUGUAACCGAAAAUGGUGAGAACAAGUCCGAAGCUGGUAGUGGAAAGGGUAAGGUUAAGGUUUCACUCAUACCAGCGGCGAUUCCCAGCGUUGUUGGACAAGUGCUGCCAGGUCAUUUUGAUGGAUAUGCUGCUGCGAAUGGGUACCACCAAAGGCAACAGAAGCAAUUAGUAACAAGUCAAUUAGAACAGCAGCAGCAGCAGCAGCCACAACAACAACAACAACAGCAACAACAACAACAACAGCAGCAGCAACAGCAGCAACAACUACCCCAACCACCACAACAACAGCAACACAAACAAAAACCACAGCACAUGGAUAAUGUAACGGCAAAUAUUACAAUUGCACAGCAACACACAGCGUUGCCACCACCUCCCGCACCAGUGGCAACCAUGCCGAUAUUAGUUGGCCAAAUGCCGAAUAAGCUGCUACAUUCAUCACACUCAACUACUCUAUUUGCAAGUAAUGUUGCCACCCAUCGUCACGUUCAAAUGCUACCGAUCCAGCAGCAAAUUCAACAACAACAACAGCUUCAACACCAGUAUCAACAACAGCAACAAACUCAUAAUCAGCAGCAGCAGCAACAGCAGAACCUGAAAAUAUAUUAUUCGACAGCUAUGCCCGCACCACCGUCUUCGCUGCAGCUUUUCCCCUUCCAUGCAUCCUCCCAAAUGCAGCAUCAAAAACCACCGCCUGCUUAUGGCACUGCGAUAAGUCAAAUUCGAUCUCAACACAACCAAAACAAAAAUAAAAAUGCUACUGGAGAUAAAAGCCAUAUACAACAUCAACAUCACCAGCAGCCAACGCAUCAUCAGCAUCAGCAACAACAGCAGCAGCAGCAGCAGCGACAACCACAACAACACCAGCUGCAGCAACUACCACUUCAAACUCAACAGCGUCCCACAAUGCAUCCGCCGCCGCCACAAUUAACAGCAACUGCCUCCGUACCGCUGCAAAUACACCACCAUCAUCAGCAACAUACUCUUUCAAAUAUUCCAGCUCUAAGCGCAAACCCUUCGAUGGGCGCUAAACCUACUGAAUUACUUCCACCGCCUCCGCCACCCACACGCUCAUCAACAAAUUUGCAUCAACAAUUGCAACAUUCGCUGGCAUCUUUCGGCAACUCAAGCAAAACAUCGGCAGCUGUACAGCAACGUGUGCCAAUGGAUGCCACUGAUCACAGUGCUAUGACUGGUGGCACCAUAACAAGUCAGGUGCUUCCUUCAACUUCAGCAGCCAGUGCUGCUGCAGCUGCAACCAUACCACCAGCCAUUAUAGCCAUUACAUCCGCUGGCGGCAUAAGACAAGUGUCUUCACCAUACAGUUCAAUGUUGAUGGCAGCGGCGCAAACGCCUUCGUCGUCUUCUGUUUUGCGUUAUGCUGAAUCGCCGGUGGCGCACUAUUUGGAACGAGACAAUGGCGAUUUUAUAGUCCAGGAGACACCGAAACACAUUGUCGAGUGCGUUGAGAAAGAUAAUGGCGAGUUUUCGGUGAUUGAGCGCAUAUAUCAGUCACCGUUAAGUGUGCUGCACAUACACGAAGAUGACGAGAAAGACGAUGAAGAUGGCGAUGAGGAUGAGAAUAUGACAGCGAAAAACAACGAUAACAAGAAAGAAUCUACAUCCGAUGAACAAACAAAAACAAGUGACGUCGUGCCAAUGGAUAUUGAAUGUGCUGGCACUUCAAGAAAAACACAGAAGUCGCAAACUACGGAGAAUGACAAAUGUGGGCGGUCUACUUCGAGUAAGAGUCCCCACAUAAAGAAUGCAGAAACAAGUGGGAAAAAUUCAAUACUUGACGAAAAUACGCAAACUAAAGCGUAUGGUAGCGAUGGGUCAAUAACGGCAAGCCCCAUUAUCAGCAGUCAUAUAAAUAGCGAUAGAUCCAUGCCACUGAACGGCGCAUCUAUGAGUUCUGCUAACAGGGACACAAGCAGCGAUCCCAGUGCCGUUGCGAAUUCAAGUUCCAACAACAAUAGCGAAUCCAGUGUGAUGCCAAGCUCAACAUCAAAUUUCAACCAAAGUUCUAAUUCAACCGGAACGUCGCGUAAACUUAACUCGAAAAACACUAUAACUGUGCUGAGCGAUGUACAGUUGAAUUUAGAUGAAUACCUCGAUUUGGUUGGUAAUAUAAUAGCAUCCAGUAAAAUAUCAGCAAAAAGUAAUGCACUAACCGGCGCUAUGCCCUUACCAAUGCUCAAAGUCGAAAAAGAAGAGCCGCUUGAUGACUACGAAAUGAUUAGUUCACCACAGGAGCAGGAAACAUUCGAAGAGCAAAACAAGGAAUAUUUUGAUAAACAAAAACAGCUUCACGAUUCUCAAGCACCAACUGUAAUCGAACCACCUACAAUCGCCAACAAAAAUGAGACUGAACAAAUAGUUGAAAAUAAUUGUAGUAGCAAUAAGGUUAGAAUAAAUGACAGUGACAAUGAUACAAAGGCUGCCAGUACCGCCAUGCUGCAGAUGCAAAAUGCCAACAUAGGCGCAACAUCAGUCAUGUCAGCGACAUCAGCAGCAGCAGCAACAGCAACAGCAACAGCAACAUGCUCGAGUCACGUGACCAGUGUUAUACGCAUGGCAACAACUAGUCAACAACAACAACAAGCGCAAAAGGAAUCAGCGCAUCCAACAGUGGUUGCUCCGGCAGCCACAGCCACAGAAACACAAUCACAAAAUGCAUGCAGCGAUGCGGCUGCAUCGGCAAAUCAAACGCAAGUUACAUCAAUAAUUAUACAAGAUUUGACGCGGCAACACAUCAUACAACUAAAGGAGGAGACGCAGGCGUAUAGAGAUGAGCAGCAGCAACAGCAGCAGCAGAAGCAGCAGCAGAAGCAGAAGCAGCAGCAGGAUAUAGCUGGGUUCUCGCAAGCAGAGGCGGCGCAAUCAGAGUUGCCUGCCCAAGCGCCUCCAUCGACUUCACUGCCAGCGCAGAAAAAGGGUCCGAAGAAAUUAAUUAUCAAGCCAAAAGUAACAAAGACUGAUGCAAAUGCUAACCUCAACCUCAACAACAAAAGCAACAACAUCAACCACAAACAGCAUAAGAAUAGGGAUACUAAGGAAAUAAAACCCCAAAUAAUUAAUGAAGAAGCGUUAUGCGAACAACCGACCACCUCUUCCAAAGCACAAAUGGAAUUGAAAGAGAAAACACUGCAAUUACAACAACAACAUCGCGAACAACAUGAACAACAAGAACAACAUACAAUAGCACAUAAAUUGAUAAAAAGCGAACCCAUCACAUCAGCUUACGAUACCAGCACCAAUAGGAUUGGCAUCAAUGGCAGCAAUUUGGGUCACAGCAUACUGGAGAAUCAUCUGAACGCGUCUGUUGACAAUUGUGCACCCAUUAUUCAAUGUAAAAGUGAACAUGAACCACAAGCCAACUAUCUACAGCCCUUGAAAGAGGAAAUCAAAGAGAUCAGCAACUCGAAUGACAAUGCCGCAGCCAAUGAUGAUGCGCGUGUUCUGUUGGAUUUUGCUAAUUCGAAGAAGCGCGCCUCACCACAUGCAGGCGUGACCAAUUUUCUCUCGGCCACUUCGAUUUUUUCGAACAAUUCCAAUGCAAUGAACGAGCCCAAAUCAACGACGAGUCUCGCUAAGACCAAAACAAAUAGCGCCGAGUCACAUGCCGCAUUGCGCUGGGAAGACGAAUUUAUAGCUCAUGAUGAUGUGCAAGAGAUCGUCAUCUCAUCAUCGUAUUCACAAUCACAAUCGGCUUCAGAUGUACCCACCACUGCAACCAAUUGCACGACCACAUCUCAUGCGAAGGAUUUAAAUGCCGGUCAACUGCCGCAACAACAGCAUCAAAACCAGCAACAGCAACUUCAACACAACUUCACCGACUAUCCAUUUAGUUUUCUUUAUGGCAAUGGCAGUGCCGUCGGUGGUGGUGGUGGUGGUGGUGGUGGUGGUGCAGCUAGUGGUGCACAACAACCAGAUGCUAAAGGUGGUAAUUUCUCAGCCAUAUAUCAGCAGGCUGCGCAGGACGCCACCACAGCCGCCACUCUUGCAUCUGGCAGCAAUACUGUCCAUACAGAUGAAUCCACCAGUUCAACACAACAGCAGCAACCGCAUACCAAUCACUUUGGUGGUGUGCACAGCGGCAGCGGCGAAAUAGGGAAUACUGCACCGCAUUGGUAUCACCACGCCAUGGCUACGACAAAUGCUGAUUUCGAAGCAACGCUGGGUGUCGAUUGCAAUGCGGCCGUAGAUGGUGGUGAUGUGGGUAAAUACUUGGAUCUGGAUACUUGUAAGCGUGAGGUUUUAGUUGGUAUGCCAGGUGCGCCAUCUUCGACCUCGUCAUCCUUCGCUGCAGCCACAGAGAGUAGCUUGGCCGGUGGCUGCACAGCAGAUGCGCUGAAUAUACGAACUGAUGAAAAAAUGCCUGCCAAGGGUGAGAUUUCAGGGCAGGAAAGCAAUUGCGAUAUUGAGAACUCAUGGAGUCAGCCGAUGUAUGGCGAAAUUUCUGCGCGUUUUUUCAAAACCACAUUUCCCGGAAUAUUUCAACACGAAAAUGGUUGGAAUCACGAUGAAUAUUUCACUGUGCAGGAUUUGAGCGCCUCAGCGGCUACAACGGGCAAUACGGCGACUUCGGUCCGUUCAAGCAAAAGCUUUGAUUUUCGUCUCCCUUUGGAAGCAACUACCUCAGCGGCAGCAAAUAGUACAGGCGUUGGCAAUAGCAAUUUCCAACUGUUCGCCCGGCACACGGAUGCAUUGCCCUCAACAUCGUCUUCUAAUAAGAAGAAACGAAAGCGUGACAGUACUGGCAAUAGCGGCAAUGUUAUUGGACGUAUAGAGAAAACGGCGGGAGUAUCGCGCAUGCAACCAACCGCUACAAUUACUUCACAACAACUAUUGUUGCACCAGCAGCAGCAACAGCAGCCGCCGCUGCAAGCAGAUGAACAGUUGCAACAGCCACAUCAUAGCGAUAAUGCUGUGACUUCUACUGCGUUUAUGGCGAGUGGCACAUCAACGGCUGCUGUUACAGCUGCUGGCGAUCCAGCUGCUUCAUUGGGUGGCGAUCAGAGGCGACAACGAAAGAAAGUAUAUCAGUGCACACAUUGCACAGCCGAGUUUCCGAAGCUGAAGGAUCGCAAUUCGCAUAUGAUAAGGCAACAUAAUUAUGUGCGUCAGAAUCGACGAUUGAUAUGUGUUCAACGUCCGGUUACGGCUGCGGCUGCGGCUGCCGCCACCGCUGCCGCUGCUUCCUCAUCAACCAAUGCAGCUGACGGUGGUGUUGACAAUGUUGUGGUUGUAAAUAUGGCAGAUGGUUGCAACGGCGGCCUUGUUCGUACAGAAAGUGUGGAAUUUCUUGAAGAUUCCAAGCAGGACAUUGUUAAAAUUGAGGUGGAAAACGCAUACCAGCCAUUAACGGCUUCGGGCGCGGCGACUACGGCAGCGGCUGCGUCUACAUCUGCCAGUGGUGAAGGCAUUGAUGCUAAACCAGAACUUAUAGACGACAAGAAAAACAUGGCAUUAUUAUCUACAAACAAUUCCAAUGCAAACAGUGGAGCUGACGAUGGCGUCAGUGAUGCAAUUGACACGAAACCCGCAAUCCAACCGUUGACGUUGUCAACACCAGCCACGAAAUUAGCUGCACUCUAUCGUAUGUUGGUGGCCUAUAAUAUAUCCACUUUGAAAGAUAGCCAUAAUCUAAGUGAGAUGGAGCAGAAACUCAUUGAACAGUCGAUCUUUUUCUGUUACAUUUGCCGGCGCAAUUUCACAUCGGUCAAAUUGUACGAUGCUCAUCUAAGCGAACAUCCCGCCGAAUGUUUUACAUGCGGCAAAACUUUUCAGCGUUGGAAGAAUUUUUCACUGCAUUUGAAACGUCAUCUGGGCUGGAAAGAGUUCGGCUGCAAUGUGUGCGACAAAAAGUUUGUGGUGCGUAGCGCAUUGGUCGAACACAUGCGUAUGCAUACUGGACAUACGCCACUUAAGUGCAAAGUAUGCGGCAAAUACUUUAAGCGCUACUCCAAUUUGACACAACAUCGGAAACGUCAUAGCAAGCAGACCAUAAGGAAGAAGGAAUAUGUUUGCUAUUGUGGUGAGGUACUGCCGUCGAAGGCGCGUUUCCUUUGGCACAAGGAGACGCACGAUGCUAAACCGAAAUGUUGUCCUCACUGUUGUGAUCGUUUCGUGCACGCGAACUCCUUGCGCCGUCACAUACGCUUAGCGCAUUCCGAUAAAUUCGACUAUACCGAACCGAUGGAGUGUCCGUUGUGCAAGCAAACCUUUGCCAAGUCUUCAAUCAAGGCGCACAUGGCCACACAUUCGAUGGACACACAACACGACUGCGCAAUUUGUAAUAAAUCCUUUUCCACCAAAUGGAACCUGAAAAUACAUUCUUGGGUGCAUGCCAAUCGCACCGCCAAACCAUUCAAAUGUGAGCACUGCCCCAAGGCGUUUGUGCGCGAGGUGGAUUUCAAGAAUCACAUGAACGCCCACAAACAAAUCAAACCGUACACGUGCGAGUAUUGCGGCUGCAAAUUUAUACGAAAAUAUAAUUAUAUGCGACAUCGACGUGAACAUCACGGCAACAAAAAGUUCACCUGUGACCUGUGCAAGAAAUCCUUCCAUCGGCAUUAUUAUCUCAUCGAACAUCGACGCAUACAUACAGGCGAACGCCCAUUCCAGUGUAACAUAUGCGGCAAGAGUUCCACAACGAAAACGAAUCAUAAUAAACAUUUGAAAAUACAUCAUUCGCGUGAUCCCUUCACCGUUGAAGCGUAAAAGAUUGAAUGCCAACGAAACGAACAGUAUGAGUUUCCACGAUGGUCGGUUCUACGUUAUCGCAACGAUCCGGAUUCAUAUCCGGCCGAGGACAAGAACAAUAACAACGGAAACAGCAACAGCAUGAGUUCAAUCAGAAUUUUCGGUAUAACGAAAUGUGUAUUUGGAAUGGAGCCAAGUGGUGGUUGGUGGCAGCUGGCGUGCGCUGAGCUAACGCGACGUUUAGGAGCGAGCUGUAAGCGUUUGGUGUAUCAUGGUUUUAAGAAAGUUUUUCUCUUAAUCUCUUCGUGUAUGUGUGUGUAAUUUAAAUGAGUAUUAUAAAUAUUACUGAAUUAUUGAAAAACGAAUUAAUGCGGUAAGUAGUUGUUUAGGCUAAAAUUGAUGUGUUGGAGCCUCAUAGGCAGGCAGAGUGUUAAACCAAUGCAUAAAUGUGAAUGUGUACACCAUUUUCAGAUGGAACUCGCUUUAAAUUAGUUAAGUAAAUUCUUUACGCAAUUUCGAAGUACAAGGACGCAUACAAACUGCAAAUGUGAAAAUUGAGUAUUUGAAUUGACAAAAAAAAAAUUUAUUAAAAUUAAAAUGUCGGCAACAGCUGAAAAACGAAGUUUUAGUAUGUAUUUAUAUUUACCUAAAUAGUUUUUAUAUUGUACGUACACUCCAUUUGUGGAACAACAUCAAGACGCACGCCACAAAUGCGAGGAGGAGCUCGGCCAAACACUCAGAAAGGGUGCACGCGCCAAUUAUAUAUAUAUACAUAAAUAUAUGUAGACUCUAUUUGGCAAAACUUUGAUAAUAAAUCCAUGAACAAGUUUUUGCUUUUAAUUAAGAACUCACCAAUGUACGAGUAUUUUGCAAGUGUCAAGCAGAAAUUCAUUUUAUUGGCUAAGAAAAUAGGUUUUAAAAACUAACGAAAAUACUUUUUAGCAUUUUGUUUAAGUUCGUGAUUUGUGAUGCAAUGCUAAAACAUUCAUUAAGGUAUUAGCUGCAUUCAGCGCUUGGGCGAUUCAUUUGUUUUAACGGUAUGUGAUUUUGUUUUUUGAAAACUUAAAAUGCGAAAUUUGUUUAGAAAUAGUAAUCAUGUUUUUGAAACUAUACAACAUUCGUUGUCUAAAACCUCAGUGUGAUUGCAGUUUUUGGUUAAUUGAUUUAUUUCGUAAAAACGCCAUUUACUAUUUAGCUUAGUUUGUACGAAAUCGGUUCAUAAGUUAUUUCUUUCUAAUUAAAAUAAUUUAAAAAAAGUGGUUUUAAAAUUAUAGGCAUAAACAAAUGAAUCUAAACCGGUCUACAUAGUUGAUUGACUUAGAAUUGCAUAAGUAACAAAUUUCAAACAUAUUUUAAAAUAAAAAUCAAAAAUUCAUACGAGUUUAA